GCGGCGGGGACGGCGGCGCCGGUCGGAUUGCGGAGCUACGCGCAUAGCGGGUCCCGGCGCCCUCCCCGCACACAAAGGCCCGCGCGCGUCCGGCGCCCUCGGGGGUCCCAGUGCCCUCCUUCCUGCCUGCUCGGCGGGCCGCGAGCUGCUAGGAUUCAGGAGGCGCCCUCUCUUCUCUCUGCGCUCCGGGACAUGGAACUGCGCCGACGCGGCGCCCACUUGCCCGGGCCGCUGCCCGCUGCCCUGGAUCUAUAGUCAAGCGGCCCCUCUCAGGGAGCAGCACCCGCCACCCCACGCCGACUCGCCUCUCCGCUGCGGGCCUUUGUCCCAGCCCUGCGCCCUCGCCGCGCCCGCCCUCCGCGGCUGGCCCAGCACCCUGGAGCCGCACGGGAGCCGGCCGUCCCAGCUGCGUCCGGCGCGGCGCCCCGGAGCCCCGAGUCCGCCGAGCCGCCGCGCCCCGCGCGUUCGACCCCACCCCGCGCGCUGAGGACCGCGCAGGGCGAGCGCACCUGGCCUCGGCGACCGCAGGAGCGGUGCGGCGCGUCCGCCCCGGAGGAUUGGGGAUCGCGGCCCGUGGCCGGUCCCAUCGCGUCCCGGUGUGCGCAGAACUGGGAGCGGCUUGGCCAUGGCCAUGGCCCGGUCCAGGAGGGACUCCGUGUGGAAGUACUGUUGGGGACUUUUGAUGGUUUUAUGCAGAACUGCGAUCUCCAGGUCGAUAGUUUUAGAGCCCAUCUACUGGAAUUCCUCGAACUCCAAAUUUCUACCCGGACAAGGCCUGGUACUAUACCCACAGAUAGGAGACAAAUUGGAUAUUAUUUGCCCCAAAGUGGACUCUAAAACUGUUGGCCAGUAUGAAUAUUAUAAAGUUUAUAUGGUUGAUAAAGACCAAGCAGACAGAUGCACUAUUAAGAAGGAAAACACGCCCCUGCUCAACUGUGCCAAACCAGACCAAGAUGUGAAAUUCACCAUCAAGUUUCAAGAAUUCAGCCCUAACCUCUGGGGUCUAGAAUUUCAGAAGAACAAAGAUUACUACAUUAUAUCUACAUCAAAUGGGUCUUUGGAGGGCCUGGAUAACCAGGAGGGAGGGGUGUGCCAGACAAGAGCCAUGAAGAUCCUCAUGAAAGUUGGACAAGAUGCAAGUUCUGCUGGAUCAACCAGGAACAACGAUCCAACAAGACGCCCAGAGCUAGAAGCUGGUACAAACGGGAGAAGUUCAACAACGAGUCCUUUUGUGAAACCAAACCCAGGUUCCUCCAGCACCGACGGCAACAGCGCGGGGCAUUCCGGGAACAAUCUCCUGGGUUCCGAAGUGGCCUUAUUCGCAGGGAUCGCAUCAGGAUGCAUUAUCUUCAUUGUCAUCAUCAUCACCUUGGUGGUACUGCUGCUCAAGUACCGUCGGAGGCACGGCAAACACUCUCCACAGCACACGACCACGCUGUCACUCAGCACACUGGCCACACCCAAGCGAGGUGGCAACAAUAACGGCUCGGAACCCAGUGACGUUAUCAUACCGCUAAGGACUGCAGACAGCGUCUUCUGCCCGCACUAUGAGAAGGUUAGCGGGGACUAUGGGCACCCAGUGUACAUCGUGCAGGAGAUGCCCCCACAGAGUCCUGCCAACAUUUACUACAAGGUCUGAGGCCUGGGACCUGCGCCUGCCUCCCAAGGGAACUCGCGCCUUCUUGGGCGCACAGUGACUGCCUGAGCCGUGGCUGUGGGGGCGGGAUGCCUCCUGGAAGAGCCUGGAGCUGGACAGUUUUGUAGUCUGUAGCUUUUCGGCCUUGGGGAACCACAGACCCUCCCCGGAAGCUGGAAGACUGCUAGGAGAUCCCCACUUGGACUGCCGCGUUCCCGCGCGGACCUCCAAGCCAUGCACCCAGCUGCCACUCAGGCCUCUGCAGAGCCCAGGGAGGACACGGUGGGCUGUGGAUGUCGCAGCAGCAUCUUAGGAGAAGGUUGUGCACCAGACCGGCCUCUGCCUCCAAGUUUCCUGCCGUGCACACUGGACUUACCACUCGGACCUCGGGCUCAGUAAGGUUUUACAAAGAUCUCUAGCGUUUAGUCCUCACUCAUUCCUGUUGCCAGGGCUCUCCUGGCACUUCCCCAGCCCCUCACUCCACAUCCUGCAUCCUUAAGGGUCGUUCACCACAGAGUCCCAGCUCCACCCUUGACACCAAGAUCAAAUGAGAUGGGUCUUAGGUACAGAAUCCUGCUUUCCUGGAGGCUGGGUCAGCCGGGAGGCCUGGGGGGUGUGGAGGAGUGAAUGAAGAAGGUGCUGGCUGCCAUCAGUCAAGGCUGCUGCUCCCGGGGCAUGGUGGGGGAGCAAGAGGGAAACAAUAGAUAGGGCGGAGAGGAGAGGACAGAGGCUGGUGGGAGAGGACAGAGGCCGGUGAGUGGUGGGGAGUUCACUAUCACACAGCUAUGCAGCAGGGAAUCAAAAAGUCCCUCUCCUGCAGAGGAACAAAAGGACCCUUGUGGAAGGACCAGCCAGAGCAGGGAGGGAGGGAGAGGACAGGCCUCUGGCGAAGCGCUGGGGCAGGACUGUUGAGGUACUGGCAAUAAAAAGCGCAGCCCUGGAGCUGUGGGAGAGAGUCCGUCUGCUUUGGGAGAUGUUUUAAGCAGACUCAGCUGCUAUAUUACCACAUUUUUUUUUUUUUUAAUUAAACACAGGGAAAGCAUUUAGGAGAAUAGCAGAGAGCCAAAUCUGACCUAGAAGUUGAAAAGCCAAAGGUCAAACAGGCUGUAAGUCCAUCACCACUGAGGUUAUUGGGGAAUUCUCAUUAGGAAAGGUAGGUCAGAUCCCCUAGUCCCCGUAAGUGCCCCCCCCCCCCAUUGAGCCUUACACUUUGGUUUUUGGUAUCUGGCCAUGCUGUCCGGGCUGUGAGGCUGUACCGGGCUCCAUGUCAAAGUGAAGCACACGUGGCCCACCUCUAAGAGUCCUUAAGAUGGAAGUAAGUUAUGAUGUCGAGGGGAAGGAGGGAGAUAGGUCAUAUUUAUAAUAGGUGUAUAGAACACAAGGGAUAUAAAAUGAAAGAUUUUUACUAAUAUAUAUUUUAAGAUUACACACAAUACACACCAGGAGAUGUGGAAUUCAUUCAUUAACAGCAAUUAAAGCGAUCCCAGCCCUUUAGUGCUUUACAAAGUAAGCGAUUGGCUAGCUAACUUCUAAGAGAAGCUGUAUCACCCCAAAAUGCUUUCGAUAAUGAGAAAAGUAUAGGUAAUGGGAGCAAAUGAUAAAAUAACAAAGUCCCGCAGACAUCUCACAGAACUGUAGACUAGAACGCCAGCCCCUAAACACCAGGAAACCGACGUGACUGCACCCUGUGGGCUGAAGUGUUCUCUGGAAUCCAGCAGGUCACACUGAGGGGGUUACAGUUGAGAGUUUAGCUGUGGGUCCCUCCUCCUCUCCUGCCCUUAUCCCUGCCCUUCCAGAAGAAUAAACAGGAAGCAGGAAGCCUACUUUUUUUUAUGUGCUAUGCAAAAUAGACAUCUUUAAGAGUCCUGUUACUAUGGUAACAUUUUGCUUUCUGAAUUGGGAGGAAAAAAAAAUUGUAAUGACAGCUUUUGAAGGUUCUCAGACCUCCAGUGAGUACCUGCAAAAAUGAGUUGUCGCAGGAAUUAUUCCCUACUUCCCAAACCUGAAAAUGAUGUUGGUUCAAUGUAUGUGUAUGUGUGAGUGGGUGUGUGGUACACGUGUGUACAUAUAUG